AUGGACGCCAAGGGCGAGGUGCGGAGCGUCGGGUCGCUCACGCCCAAGGGGAGCGAGAAGGGCCGGUACCAGUUCAAACACGAGGGCCGUGUGAUCUACGAGUGGGACCAGUCGCUCGAGGACGUGAACAUCUACAUCACGCCGCCGCCGGGCGUCGUGCCGGACAUGAUCGACUGCACGAUCUCGCCGAACCACCUCCGGCUCGGCCUCCGGGGCAACCCGCCGUUCCUCGACGAGGCGACGGGCGGGCCCGUCGUCGUCAAGGAGAGCCACUGGUACAUGAACGACGGCGAGCUCACGGUCCUCUUCGCGAAGAUGCGCAAGGGCGAGACCUGGGACGGCGCCCUCGCGACCCGCGGCAAGGUCGACCCCUUCACGCGGCAGGAGAUCCAGCGCGAGAUGAUGCUCGAGCGGUUCCAGGAGGAGAACCCGGGCUUCGACUUCCGCUCCGCCGAGUUCAACGGCCAGGUCCCGGACCCGCGCGCCUUCAUGGGCGGCGUCAAGUACACCUGA